UUCAUUGGAAGAGAAAGUCCAAGAUAAUUUAGCGCAGUUUUUAUUCUCAAGUUAGGUAUCUAUCUUUUUAUCCACUCCACACAGAAACAUCUCAACUCUCUGACAAUGGCCUGCUUUAACAAAGGUCCUGCCUACGGACUGUCUGCGGAGGUGAAAAACAAGAUCGCACAGAAGUAUGACCCUCAAAAGGAAGAGGAGCUGAGGGUCUGGAUCGAAGACAUCACCGGUGCCUCCAUUGGCCCUGACUUCCAGAAAGGCCUGAAGAAUGGAGUCAUCCUGUGCGAACUUAUCAACAAGCUUCAGCCGGGCUCCGUGAAGAAGAUCAACAAGUCAGCUCUGAACUGGCAUCAGCUGGAGAACCUGACCAACUUUAUCAAAUGCACCACAACAUAUGGCCUGAAGCCUCAUGAUAUCUUUGAAGCCAAUGACCUGUUCGAGAACGGCAACAUGACGCAGGUCCAGACAACACUGCUCGCGCUCGCUAGCAUGGCUAAGACCAAAGGCUGCCAGUCCCGGGUGGACAUCGGGGUUAAGUACGCAGACAAGCAGGAGAGGAUGUUUGAUGAGGAGAAGAUGAAGGCUGGACAGUGUGUCAUUGGCCUACAGAUGGGUACCAACAAGUGUGCUAGUCAGGCAGGUAUGAAUGCUUAUGGCACCAGGAGGCACUUAUAUGACCCCAAAGUUCAAAUCCAGCCACCCAUGGACAACACAACCAUUAGUCUGCAAAUGGGAACCAACAAGGGAGCAAGCCAGGCUGGGAUGACUGCCCCGGGAACAAGGCGUGCCAUUUACGAUCAGAAGCUGGGCACGGACAAGUGCGACAACACCACCAUGUCCCUGCAGAUGGGAUACAGCCAGGGAGCAAACCAGAGCGGCCAGAACUUCGGCCUGGGUCGGCAGAUCUACGACGCUAAGUACUGUCCUAAAGCUGGAGAGGUUCCAGAUGAGCAAAACGGAGCAGGCGGCGUCCGCGACUACCUCCCAGAUUACCAAGACGAGGGUUACCAAGGUUACCAGGAAGAGGAACAGGUGUACCAAGAAGAUGGGACAGAUUACUAAGGGGAAGAAGGGAGCUGAGGAUGGGAGAGGGAGAUUGUGUAAAGGAGGGCAAGACAACCUCAAGGCGGGCAGUUUAUUUUUUAUAUCCAAUAGGAUGUUCCGCCUUUUUUUUUGGGUCACAUCCUUGUAGUAUUGUAUGAAAAUGUUUUCUUACCCCUAUUUGUGCGAAACCAUUGUUACACAUAUCAUGAACUGUAUUUCUGUGAUGAUUUUUUUUAUUUUAAAUGUUUAAAUAUUUAAAGCUCUUUUUGUCCUUUUAAUAUCCCAGGGAUUUUUUUAAUGUGCCAAAUCCCCACUAUUUUUUUUCAGUGGUUUUUGCUGACUCAUAUCGCAUUAAGGGAGAUCCCUAGGUAAGGGCAACAUUAAAGUAAAAGUGAAACUUUAGGGAGUUUUUUAGAAAACACAUGUUAUUUUGAGGAAGAAAAAAAAAUUCCAUGUGUGUAUCUUUUAUUACCUGAAUCAUCUGUGGAAACAAUCUCCGUUUUAAGUCCUGUGAAUGAGAAUGUACAUCUGUUAGAGUUUUUUUUACUUCUUCAGUAUUGAUCAUUGACAUAUAGUUAACAGUUUUGGUUGUUCAGACAGAUGAGGGAACAAAACGGAUUUGCGAGAACAAACCAGAUUUAGCUUUUAUAUUCUGUCUCUCACCAUUCCUUUUUUUUGUGUGUGUUCUUUUUAAUGGAAGAAAUAUUUCCUUUGUUUUCAUAACCAGUCCAACUGGAGAUAAACUUGUUUUCUUUGGAGUAAAGACAGUGGGGGAAGUGGAUUAAAAAAAUACUCAAGUGAAGUUUUGAACAUUCCAAGCAAGAAUACUGGAUUCUUUUUGUCAGUGAAUAAUGUUUAAGUGAAUCAUUCCUCAAUAUUGGUUGAUAUGCA